AUGAGCGUUAAUAGCAAAGUAUCUCGUGAGAAAUCAAAUAGUUUCUCUGAGGUCGAUCAUAUCAGAAGUGACUCGCUCGAAAGCGCAGAUAACGGGGGAAUCUGGCUGUCAUUCAAGGACUCAUUCAAACCAGCUGAACAAUCUCGUACAUUGACAUCGAAGGAUAUCUCGGAAGAGGAAGAAGCAAAGCUCACUGAUGUUGAGAGGGCAGCUUUGAGGUCGGCUAAUUCUCAAUUGUCUCGUUCUUUAAAAUCUAGACAUUUGCAAAUGAUUGCCAUAGGAUCUUCUAUCGGAACAGGUUUAUUCGUAGGGUCAGGUGGCGCUCUUAGAGACGGUGGUUCUGCUGGGUUGAUUAUUGCAUGGACUAUUAUUUCUACUGGGGUAUUCGCUACUGUUCAAGGAUUAGGUGAGUUAUCAGUUGCAUUACCUGUUAGUGGUGGUUUUAACAUUUAUGCUACUAGAUUUAUAGAACCAGCUGUUGGAUUUGCUAUCGGAUGGAACUAUUUCAUGCAAUUUUUUGUAUUGUUGCCUUUAGAAUUAGUAGCGGCUUCGAUUACAAUUAAGUAUUGGAACUCAGAUUUAAAUUCAGAUAUAUUUGUGGCAAUAUUUUGGGUUUCAGUAGUGUUUAUUACCAUGCUCGGUGUUAAAGGUUAUGGUGAAGCUGAAUUCGUAUUUUCAUUGGUGAAAGUCAUUGCAGUUAUUGGGUUCAUAAUAUUAAGUAUUGUCUUGAUUUGUGGUGGUGGUCCAAGCCAUGAAUUUAUUGGGGGAAGAAAUUGGAGAGAGCCUGGUCCAUUUGCAAAUGGUUUCAAAGGUGUUUGUUCCGUUUUUGUAACUGCUGCCUUUAGUUUUGGUGGUACUGAAAUGAUUGGUUUAACAGCAGCUGAAACCUCAAAUCCAAGAAAAACCUUGCCAAGGGCCAUUAAACAGGUUUUCUGGAGAAUUUGUUUGUUCUAUUUGGUAUCAUUGACUAUGGUAGGUACCUUAGUUUCAUACACUGAUAGCAGUUUAAUAGGAGCUUCUGAUGUCGAUGCUACUGCAUCUCCGUUUGUUAUUGCAAUUCGUAACGGAGGUAUUAAAGGUUUACCUAGUGUAAUUAAUGCAGUUAUUUUAAUUGCUGUUUUGUCAGUCGGUAACUCUUCAGUCUAUGCUACUUCAAGGUCAUUAAAUUCAUUGGCUGAACAGGGUAUGGCCCCAAAAUGGACGGGUUAUGUCGAUAGAGCCGGUAGACCACUUGUUGCUAUUGUAAUUACCAAUGUUUUUGGCCUUUUUGCAUUCAUUGCUGCAUCUGAUAAACAGGUUGAAGCUUUUAACUGGUUAUUAGCAUUAUCCGGAUUAAGUUCUAUUUUUACAUGGAUCUCAAUUAAUGUUGCUCAUAUUCGUUUCAGAAGGGCCAUGUCAUACCAAGGUAGAACUACUGCUGAAUUACCAUACGUAUCACAAUGUGGUGUCUGGGGAUCAUAUUAUGGAUUAGCACUCAAUUGUUUAGUAUUAGUUGCUCAAUUUUGGAUAGCAUUAUUCCCUCUUGGAGGUAGCCCAAAUGCUUAUGACUUUUUCCUUUCCUACUUAGGAUUACCAGUGAUCCUUGUAUCUUGGUUAGGAUAUAAGCUUUGGAAGAAGGAUUGGACUUUAUUCAUUAGAGCCAAGGAUUUAGACAUUGACAUCGGUAGAAUUAAUAUUGAUCUCGAUGUUCUACAACAAGAAAUUGCUGAAGAAAAAGCUCAACUUGCCGAAAAGCCAUUCUUUGUAAGAGUUUACAAGUUUUGGUGUUAA